AUGGUGUUAACAGUAGUGUCCUACCCACAAAAACCUCACGUGGUUUGUGUUCCAUUCCCAGCACAAGGUCAUGUAAACCCUUUCAUGCAACUAGCCAAAAUCCUCAGAAGCAUUGGUUUCCACAUAACCUUUGUGAACAACGAGUUCAACCACAGACGUUUGAUUAGUUCUCUAGGUGAGAACUUUGUGAAAGGUGAGCCAGAUUUUCAGUUCGAAACUAUACCAGAUGGUUUGCCCGAAUCUGACAAAGAUUCUACACAAAGCAUUGCUGCAUUGUGUGAUGGAACUAGAAAACAUUGUUAUGCUCCAUUGAAAGAGCUUGUUAAGAAACUUAAUAGCUCUGCAAAUGUUCCUCAAGUCACUUCCAUUAUGUAUGAUGGACUCAUGGGCUUUGCUAGAAAAGUUGCCAAAGAUUUGGGUCUUGCAGAUCAACAGUUUUGGACUGCUUCUGCUUGUGGCUUGUUGGGUUACUUGCAAUUUGAUGAGCUUGUCAAAAGAAAUAUUCUUCCAUUCAAAGAUGAAAGCUAUAUCACUGAUGGCUCUUUGGACAAAACUCUUGAAUGGAUCGAAGGAAUGAAAGAUAUCCGAAUGAGAGAUCUUCCAAGUUUCGUUAGAACAACAACAUUAGAUGAUAUAAGUUUCACUUGCUUUGGUUUUGAAUCUCAAACAUGCAUGAAACUAUCAUCCUCAGUCAUAAUCAACACAGUCCACGAACUAGAAAAAGAAGUUCUUGAUUAUCUCAUGGCCAUAAAUCCCAACAUAUACAACAUAGGUCCACUUGAGUUUCUAGGUAACCAUUUUCCUGGUAGAGAAAACGGUUUCAAAAUCCACGGUUCAAAUCUUUGGAAAAACGAUGUAACAUGUCUCAAAUGGUUAGACCAAUGGGAACCUAACUCAGUCAUAUAUGUUAACUACGGAAGCAUAGCCGUCAUGAGUGAAGAACACUUGAAGGAGUUUGCAUGGGGAUUAGCAAACAGUAAGUUACCGUUUUUGUGGAUUAAGAGACCUGAUUUGGUAAAAGGAAAAGGAAAAUCAACACCAUUGCCACAAGAGUUUUUGGAUGAGGUCAAGGAUAGAGGUUACAUAACAAGUUGGUGUCCUCAGAGUGAGGUACUAGGUCAUUCAUCGGUCGGUGCAUUUUUGACUCAUUGCGGUUGGAAUUCGUCGCUCGAGAGUAUAUGUGAAGGUAAACCUAUGAUCGGUUGGCCGUUCUUCGCGGAGCAACAGACGAAUUGUAGGUUUAUUUGCAACACUUGGGGGAUUGGAAUGGAUAUUAAGGAUGAUGUGAAGAGAGAAGAGGUGACUGAGCUUGUGGUGGAAAUGAUAAAGGGUGAAAAGGGGAAGGAAAUGAGAGAGAAAUGUCAAGAAUGGAAGAAGAAAGUGGUUGAGGCUGCUGAUCCAGGUGGUUCUUCUUAUGAUGAUUUCUAUAGGUUGCUCAAGGAGGUUUUUCAUUGUGAUGUUGUUUGA